AUGGCCGAUGGUCCGUUCAGGUUCCAGCAAGGAGCCGGACAAUUCUUCUUUAACCAGCAAACUCAGCGAAAUCUCCCCCACCGAACUGGAUCGCCAAUCUCCGCCGCGCGCAUAGCAUUCAACCCCGACACUCCCUCGCCUACCCGAAGCCCCGGGCCUCAGUCGCCGGCGCAUAAUCCCUUCAGCAUGUACAACCAGGCCCACGUCCAGCAGGGACAGCAUGCUAUGCUGAAUGGCAACUCCCAUCAGCGGUUUGCGAUGCAGAUGAACUUGGCGAAAUUCCAACACCAGAGCCAACAGCACCACAACCAUCAGCAUCCACACAAUCAGGACCACGGAGGACAUGGAGCGCAUGCAGCAAACUUUGGCGCCCACCAGCACACAAUCUCGAGCGGCGCGUUGGCAAACGCAACCCCACACUUUGGCGCGAACCACAUGCAAAACGGUACUCCGGGAAGCGUUCAUAGCGGAUUAGCGAAACCUCCAAACGAACACUGGGCGUUGCAGCUGCAGUACGCGCAGCAUGCGAGGGAGAUGACCAUGUCCCACUCGCACGCUCGGAAUCACCCAAGCACGAACAAGAGCGUGGUGGCUGGACAAACUAAUGGGCUUUCCAAGGAAUCGGAGAAGGAAGAGCGCAAUCGCGCGGUCAAGGGUCGUGCCGACAAGGAAGACGAUGGACAGAUCUGGAAGUCUUUGGAUUUCGGUGGCCAGAACCUCAAAGUGCUGUCGCCGGCACUGUUCAACUACUCUUUCCUCACGAAGCUAUUCCUGAACAACAAUAAGCUUACUUUCCUUUCCCCGGCUAUUGGACGGUUGAGGAACCUGAGGGAGCUGGAUCUGUCGCUGAACGAGCUGCGUACUCUGCCACCAGAAAUCGGAAUGCUAGUUAACCUUCGUGAGCUCUUGCUCUUUGACAACCAUAUUGACAACUUGCCUUAUGAGAUGGGCUCUCUGUAUCAAUUGGAGAUGCUCGGUAUCGAAGGAAACCCCCUCAAUCCGGAGCUCAAGGAGAUUGUCAUGGAAUCUGGAACUACGGAGUUGAUCAGGUAUUUCCGUGAGCACGCUCCUGGCCCCGAACCGCCCGCGGAGCGAGACUGGGUCGUUCUCGAUGACAACCCCGUCGACCCAAAGGACAAAUUCCUCGUUCUGAGCUACAACACACUUUGCGACAAGUACGCUACCCAGUCGCAAUACGGAUACACGCCCUCUGCUGCCCUGUCCUGGGAGCAUAGGAGAGAGCUCAUUCUUCAGGAAGUCCGCGCGCGUGAUGCGGACAUUGUCUGUCUUCAGGAAGUCGAUUCCGAGAGUUACAACGAAUACUUCCGCGCGUCCUUGGCCCAUGAUGACUACAAGGGCGUCUUCUGGCCAAAAUCCAGGGCCAAGACCAUGGCGGAGAAGGAAGCGAGGCUUGUCGAUGGCUGUGCUACUUUCUACAAGAACAGCAAGUUCAUACUCUUAGACAAGCAGCUCAUCGAGUUCGGUAACCUUGCUAUCAACAGACCUGAUAUGAAGGGAGAACAUGACAUUUUUAAUCGUGUCAUGCCUCGCGAUGAUAUCGCCGUCAUCAGCUUCCUGGAGAACCGCCAAACUGGAGCUCGUCUUAUGGUUGUCAACGCUCACAUCUUCUGGGACCCCAUAUUCAAGGACGUCAAGGUUGUGCAAGUUGCCAUUCUGAUGGGUCAAGUUCAAAAGCUCGCGGAAAAGUAUGCCAAGUGGCCUCCAUGCACCGAUAAGAGCCUGUACCGCUACGCCAAUGGCGAUAGCGACCCGGAGCCAGCGGAAGCUCCCCCAGAGCCGGCCCCUUCGAUGAGUUAUGCGGAAGCGAGUCAAAUUCCACUCGUCAUGUGCGGUGACUUCAACUCGACUCCUGACUCUGGUGUCUACGAGCUCAUUUCUCACGGCACUCUAUCCAACUCCCACUCCGACCUGGGUGUGCACAAGUACGGCCAGUUCACGCGCGAUGGCAUGAACCACCCCUUCAGCCUGAAGUCCAGCUACUCCAAUAUCGGAGAGUUGAGCUUCACCAACUACACGCCGGGAUUCACUGGUGUGAUCGACUAUAUCUGGUACUCGACAAACGCGCUCACGGCCACCGGGCUCUUGGGCGAAAUCGACAAGGAAUACCUUCAGCGGGUGCCCGGCUUCCCGAACUACCAUUUCCCAUCGGACCAUCUUGCGCUUCAUGCCGAGUUCGUCUUCAAGAGAGCAAAGGAAAAGAAGAUUGUGGAAGCCGACUUCGGGCCACAACGGGAACGUCGUCAAUAG